GGAAAAAACACCUCUUCUAAACAAGCCGAUAUACUGCAGACCGCUGCAACUGAUCCGGUGGCAGUAGCACAUCAGCUCUCGCACAACUAUCGUGAUGAAAACACAGGAGCAGCUCAUCCUGUUUCUCCCAGUCUUGGUGACUCUCAUGGUCAUGCGUCGAAAAAUGAUGAGAAAAGCGAGUUAGCAAGCGUCUCUGUCGGUGCUGGUGGUGCUGCUCCAUCCUCUGGAAAGAACUACGGGUCUGGCGUGGAAAAAAAUAAUAACGCCGUGGGUUCUUCGUUGACCACCCCGGGAGAUUCGGGUGCGCUGCUUCACGCCCCUGCCGAUCCAUCAUCUGCAAAUUGUAGAAGCGGAGCUGCUCCUGUUGCGCCGGAAAUUGCUCCAAAUAGUAUCAAAUCAGACGAGAACAGCUGUCUAAAGGAUCAUAACGAGGACAGCCAGCAGGGAAGUACAACAAAUGGAAAAACGGCCAACGUAUCUGCUUCAACGAACAGUGCCGCAGGAGAUGACGCAGCUGUUCGCGUGGAACAUCAAGAUGACAUUGACAACACGACGAAAAUAAAUCCUCCGCAUCAUCAACAAGCGAAUAGUACUUCCAUCCAGGCCUCCUCCUCCGCGACGACAUCCAACCCCUCUACAAACAAGCCAACGACAGCAACUACGUCAAAGGCCGUCGUGCAGCCGAAGCAGCAACCGAGGAAGCGGGAACACACGAACAUGGUGAAGAAGCUUGCGAAAAAACAGAACAACAGCAAGGAGAAGCCAACUGCUACAGGGGCCGCGAAUUUUAGUAGCACAAUAGCAGGGGGAGCUGGAGCUACUACAACCGGUGGAAAUAGUAAUGACCACGGCGCAUCAUCUAGUAGUACUUCGGGAGCUGCAACAUCUUCAAAUAAUCACCCACUUGAUUCCGGCCCGGCAAAAGACUUGUUCGCGUUGCUGCAGAGAAAACGGGAGAAGGAUGCAGAGAAGCUUUCACGGGAGAAGAAGCAAAGCAAGGCGGCGUUAUUGGCGCAACAGCACGAGGAGGAGCGCUACCUGUUGCACGUCACCUGCAAAGGCGGGGAACCGGGGGCGCAAUGUGGAGCUGGAAGCGUCGCAACUUCGGUACCAACAGGAACUACGGCAAAUGGCAAAGAUAAACCUAACUCUGCUAAAAGCAAAUCGAAGUCCACUUCUAACACAACCACCUACGCUUCGUCAUCCGCCUCUUCGUCCCCGGUAGACGAUAUAAAUCUGGAGAAUGUGCUAGACAACAACUUUUCAUCAACAUCUUCUACUUCACACAAUCUUCAAGCGAACAAACGGGGGAAGGACAGUAAAAACGAAGCCGCUGGCUGCCCUACUAGCACUACUACUACACCAUUGCAGCUGCUGAAACGCGAUGAGAUUGCUGCUCCCGAAAGUAUUAAACACGACCACGAGCAGCAGGAGAGAAGUACGAGCUGCGUACCAGGAACAAGCGAUGACCACCAGCAGGGCAACGGAUUGAACUACACGAGCAAGAGGUCGAAAACGAAUGCGACUUCGGGCCGAGCCGUCGACACAUCUUCUGCUGCGGGGCGACCGGAAGGAAUAAACUUGGAGCCGCGCAGCGAGAAAGUAGAGAAACGACCUCUGGGCGUCGAGGCCCCCGUCUCGCCUUCAUCUGCACGACCACCUGCUGGCGCUACGGCAGUUCUUGUCGGUCGCAAUGGCAGCUUGAUGUCCACGACGUCGAUGCUGCUGAACACAACACCUGGGUGCAAUGCUCCCACGGAGGCGCCGUUAUCCUCUUCUUCGGGCGACGAAGAUGGUUUCUCGAGCACGAUGAAAUUACAGCGUGAGGUCACCACGGAUACCGUUCUCGGCGAGGACGAAGUUGAUGCAGGAGCUGUGGCCGCACUAUUGAACAACGGUGGAGCAAUUUCUUGUAAUGACGCAGUCCAUCCAGAGCCCCCUGGGCCUGCUUUGGAAAACACCAGCAGGAGGGACGACGCAACAUCGACUUCUAUUGAAAUGAACGCUACAUGCAAAGAACCCGAUGUUCUCUCGUGUGUCGUGCUGGAGAGAAAGACGGACCGAGCAGUUGAUCCGAAUAUGACAGCCUCAGGUUGGAAAUCCUCAAAGUGGAAAUAAUUUGUAAUGCAAAAAAACGACUCCAGUUGAAGCGCCAUUUGUAGUCGGCGCAUGACAAAUUUCCUGGGCCCCUAAAGCAUGUCUGUUAUGCAGGUUAAGGCAAAGGGGUGCCCUUCUCUCGUGCUAAGCAGCACUCCAAUUCUUCACCCCUAGCAGGACAAUAGUCGGUCUCCAUUGUGUCCUCCGCAAUACAGUCUUUUUUGCCUUGCAUUUCAUGCAUCACAAAUUAUUCCCACUUUGAGGAUUUCCAUUCUGAGGCUUUCAUACCGAAACACCUACAGUUGCAAGAGAUGAAGAAAAAAAAGAACAGCAAGUCCACACCAAAGAAGAGCAACAAGGGUGCGAAGUCGACGACUUUAAUAAGUGCCGCCUUGGAAGGAGGAGGAGCUACAGCUAGCGCGUCGAACGGAGACAAAAAUAAGAAAAGCGCUAUAAAUACGUGCUGGAACAGUUAUAACGGUUCUGUACACAACGCGGUUAGAACACCUCAAGUCGCAGACCCUGCUGAGCAGCCGAUGCGUCAAGUCGAAGCGUCUCCUCCUCCACUCGCAAAGAACCCUCCCUCCCGACCGCCACCGAUGGCGCCACAAACAGAGGACUUGGCAACCUGUAGCACGACGACGAACACAGUGACCGGACCGAACGCGAGCUGCGACGGUGCGUCGUUAUCUCGUCGAGGUGGAGGGCUACUUAGCGCGGCUUCCUCUUCCUCCAAGAAUGCGCUCUUGGAUGAUGUGAGCACAAAGACUACAAACGAAGCUGCUACUUCUACUGAAGCUGCUACUUCUACUGUGCUAGCGAACACAAUUUUCCAGCGUGACCAAAUGAACAAUAACAGCGAACGGCCACAUAGCUGUGCUUCUACAACCCCACCGCAUCAACCUGCUCUUGCUCCACCUCCCCGGCCGAUGCGCAGCCCGCCUCCGCGACCCAGCCCUCUUUUGUCCGUUUGCAGGGCCGCAGAUGGUUCUAACAAUAGCAUUUCUGCUACUUCUCCCAGGGCCACGCAGCUACUGCCUAUGCCUUCGCCGUCCCCAAGCGGAAGCUUAUGCAUUGCAAAAAUGUCUGGGUCUGGAAGAUUCUAAACUUGUAAAUGCUGUCUCUGGAUUCUGAAAAAAUUUGUAUUGCAUGACCAGCAAGAGGACUCCUCUUUGUGCUACGCGGAGAGGGCAUUUCUCAUGCGGCAGAGGCAUCACAAAGUCCUCCAAAAAUCUGUGAAGCUAGGGCAUGCAUUACAGACAUCAUGGGUCAUUCCAAAUAUGCAUGACAAGCCUGGUAAUCUUCCAGACCCAGACAUUUUUGCAUUCGAUAAGGCUCGUCCUUGCCCGAAACCAGCCCGACCACCGCCGCGACCGUGUCAAAAGGCAGUUGUGUGAUGGAGAACGAAAGCGCAGCCAAGGACCACACCGCAAAGAUGAAAACUCAUUCUGAUUCUUCUCUGUUGGCGACAUUGACGUCCUCCGCCCACGGAACAACAACAUCAAAUGCCGCUUCUUCGCUCGAGCUCGUCCCGCAGAUUCAUGUUACUGCCAGGAGCGGUAUCACAGGAAAAAGUGUUGUACGUUACCGGUUUUCAUCACAGAUUGCAGUCAUGCAUCACAAAUGUACUUAGCCCAAUACGCAUGCUGUGCAUGACAAAUUCUGACACGUGUUGUGAUGCAUUGCUGCAUCACAAAUUCCGUGUAACGUUAACACUUGUUCCUGUGAUAAGCGGAACAUCAACCGAAGUGGCGGUGGAGGCGGUAGUGAAGACCACGAGCAGUAGUAGUGCUGUUAUGGGCGGGACUUCUACUAGUAGUUCCUCGUGUGUUGAACAACAAGUAGAGAACAACAUCAAAGUCACAUCUUCUACUUUAGUACAGGAGUUGUCUUCCUCUUCCCGGGACAAAGAAUUUUUGAGGUCCCCGGCGGUGGUGGAAAACGAAAAGGAAAUGCAACUGGAAAAGCAGCAGCAACAGCGAGAGGAAAAAAACGCGCGGCCUGAAGUAGCAGCAGAAAUACGAGGAGAAACAAAUCAAACUGCGGAAGUACAACAACACGAACAACACCCGCUGUACCAGCAGUUGAACCAGUGGGACCCAGAACAGUUACGGAAGAACCUCGAGCUACUCAACAGCUUCCGCGAGCAGGGGGUUGAUGUUGUUCUGGAAGCAGGCCCAGGCGAAGAGAAUAUGAUCGACGAUGAAAACAUAAACAAUAAUUUCCAAGACGACGUCGACUACGACGAGGAAAUAAACACAACGGCCUUCGAAAGCGUUUCGUGCAAGACGCGGCAACACGGGAAGACGGCCUCGACCACGAACGAGCUGACCGGGGAGGUCGAUAUGUUGACGGUGGACUUGGUGUCCAACGAGGAAGUGGCCAGCACGUCGGUGGUCUUCAAUACAACGAAUGCGAUAGAAGGGCAUCAGCCUGCAAGUGCAGGAGGGGCCGCGACCCCACCGGCUCCGACACAGCAGCCGAACGUGGAUGAAGAGUACCUAACCUAUCCAGGAAAAAAAUGCCCAUCCACAUCCAAUUUGUCAAUGCAAAACACGUAUCAAGUCUUGCGUUUGUCAUGCAAAAAAUGCAUGGGGAUGGGUUUUUUUCUGUGGAUAUGACCAACAUCUUUGGCGGGCGGGAAAUCUUCGGGUUGGACGCCCCCACCAGCGGGUUUGUGUUUGGGGACACAAAAGAGGAGGAGAAAUUGGUGCAGGCGCAGCGGAAGAAGGUUCUGGAUUUGAACAUGGUGGAGAUGGAGGAUUUUGACAAAACGAGCCUGGACCAGAAAAACGGAAUCUUUCCCCCGAGCACCACGGCCGCGAGACGGAAUAAAAUCUCGCUAGCGGAUUUGUUUCUUGACGUCAAUAGUUGUGCCGCUAGUACUUCUAGUAGUAGUUCUACUGCGGAACUACAGCGCGAGGUGGUAGAGCAACCUAAUAAUCAGCAACUGCCAGCACGUGAAUCAACAGGAGCAAGAGCUACAUGUGUCGCGACGCAACAACACCAUCUGAGAUCGGCCACAGCCCCCACAGCGGCGAGUAGCAGUGCGGUUUUGGUUUCUAGCACUAACGGGAUAUCAAACACUUGUAACAGCAGCAGGCGAGGUGUCACUUCCACUGCCGCGAUGAAUGCAGGGAUGAACAGCUGCGGAAAUAGAUCUAGUUCUAGCAGCAGUAGCAGCUCUGGAGUCGCCGGGAAAGGUAAUAAUUUGAUGAGCAACGGGAAGGGGAACAACGGCCUGCUUGCUGGGAAUAACAAUAUGGCAGGAACAAGUAACAACGGAAAAAACAGCAAUGGGGGCUCUGCUUUUGGAGGUGCAGCAGCAGGAGCUCAUGGAGCAGGUCACCAUGCUAGUUCUGCUGGCGUUAGUCACCAGCACCAGCAGUUUCCAGGGGGAAAAACCGGAUGGAUGCCGAGUUGUAGCACCAAUACCAAAACAGCGCCAACUACCAUAGGGACGAGCAGGGUGGCGGCUGUGCAGCACCAGCAGCACCUGCAACACCGCAUGCGGAAUCGGCAGCAUCAUCACGUUGGCGCUCCCGGAGGUGGUGGUGUUCUUCCUGUUCAGCACAACCAAAAUCCUGCGAAAGUACUACACCACGGGGGUGCAGGGGCUGCGACGGGAGUUCAUCAUCGGGUGAACCCGAUGGGAGGUAACAGCACGAACAACAACAAUUACGGAGGUGGAGGGCCGCAACAGUUAUUUCGGACCAACAGCAAUCUGACUGCUCCACACCUUGUGCAUCACCAGCAUCAGGCACAACAAGCUCCUGCUCACAAUCAGCACCAGAAUAUUAGAGCAAGUACUUUCAGCAAUUACAACACUCGCAUGAUUUCAAAAAAUCGGGACGAGCGGAUUGGAAACUUGAUUGACGAAAUGGUUUUGUCGGACGAUGAAAGUAUUCCGCCGCCACCGGCGUCGGACGUGUUUUCCAGUCUCUCGACAUCCCCACCACCGCCGCCACCACCGCCGGAUGACUCUUUUUUCUGAGGAACUACGAUGGCACUGAUUGUUUUGAUGGCAUGGGCUCACCAGUUUUUCAAGCAAGACCAAGGAAUGAGGUAGGGACCAUCGCUUCGUUUUGAUGCGUUUAGAUGAAAUUAUUCUUAGCAUACUUAGCUUAUAUUGGCUGCGCGAUUUUAUACAGGUCAUUUGGUAUUGGAACUUCAACUUCUGCGACAACUUUAUUCAGAUAUUUUUGCUCUGGCAUUGUACCAAUAAGCAAGAUGUGGCGGACGCGGGCCACCCAUUUAUUAUUUUCAGGGUCGUUUAUAUCUUUAUACUUUUUUCUUGAUUUAGAUUUAUAGAUACUUUUUCUACUUUUUCUGAUAGUCUCAGGACGACAAUGAGAAACAACUUGGUCGAAGUGGUUUAUCAACCAGGUUGUCGUAUCAUACCGCAUAGAUUUUGCAGCUUCUUCGACAAAUUGGAAAUACUGCACCGGACGCGAGGAGCUCGUCUCCUGCUUUGGGGAAGGUCCGUACUCAUGACGUCGAUUCUUUGGGGACGCAAGCAGAUUUUUUACCAAGCUUCGAUGAGAAAAUCAGUAUGCCGUAGAUCAGCUCGUCCCUCGUCUCCCUCGCCAACCUCCAAAAAAUCAAAAUCUCUACUUGAUGAGGGAUUUCACGAAUCACAAAAAGAAAUCGAUAAAUAAAAACAAAAUUAACCAUCCCACUGCCAAGCAUAGACCACGGUACAGGACCUAUCUGCAGACCACGACGUGGCGACGUGACUGUAUCGUCAGUAAUCAAGAAUA